AUGUACACAAUUAAAAUCUUGUAUAUUAGUGUUAAGGAUAAAAUACCUAUAUGCAAACCUGAGCUGAACUCAACUAAAAUAGCCAGGAUGGAGCUCCCUGUGCUGGACAAGUUCUGCUUUAUAUUCAACUUGAAGACGGGAUGCAUCAUCAUGGGAACUGUUAAUUCGAUCCUUACAUUUUUGAUGGCAGUUAUCUUGAUAGCGUUCGCGGUGGAUAUUAAGCAAAUGUCUGAUUCCAAGAAAGACGACAUUGAUGGAAUGUCGACUGUGGUCUACACCAUCGUUGUGCUCAUCGUAAUUCUGCUGCUUAUCAAGUUCCUAUCCCACUCGGUCUUCGUGUGGGCCGUGUACAAGGAGAGAGCUGGUGUUAUAAAGAAGUACUGCAUCUUCUGGAUCGUGUUCCUCGUGCUCUUCAUCAUUGGUUUUUUGAAGACGAUGGUCCACAUGAGCGCUGGGCACGUUAUCGCUCAAAUAUUAUUCCUAGCGGAGAACUUCUACUACAUAAUCGUCAUUCGAAGCUACUUGAUGUCGAUCAAUGAAGAUGGUGUAUUGUAA